AUGCAGCAGGAUGGAAAGGUUAAAAUCAGAGUGGAACCAGGCCUGUUUGAGUGGACUAAAUGGGUCUCUGGAAACUCUUUACCUGCAUGGAUAUCACCCAUAGCUCUUGCUGCAGCCAACCUUAGUGUGGACACGACGUACAGACCUCACAUACCCAUUACUAAACUGAGUGUGUCCGAGUCCUGUGACACCUACAUGAGUCGCAGCUACAGAGUGACCAAAGACAUCCUGGCAGGAUGCAAAAAUAAAGGAAACAAUCUCCUUAUCGUGGCCCAUGCUUCCUCUCUUGAGGCCUGCACCAACCAGCUCCGAGGCCAUACCCCAAACAACACCAAAGACUUCAUCCAGAUUGUUAGGAAGAUUCCAUACCUGGGUCUGUGUGCAUGUGAGGAGCAGGAGACAGGUGUAUGGAAGCUGGUGGACCCACCAAUCCUUCCUCUCACACAUGGACCCAAUCACAGCUUCAGCUGGAGAGAGACCCUACAGCAUUAAUGACACUGAUCUGUCCACUCUGUCAACAACUCUGGCAGACCGUACAUUCUGCUGUCUAACAUGACGUGUUCUAGAGGAGAGCUACAACGCUAGCCAAAUUAAGUGUGCCUAAACACUAGGCAUUACAGUCAAGUUUUCUGGCACAUAUGUGAUGGACUGAUCCUGUUAUAAGCUUCACUUAGUCUCAGGACAUUCGUGACUUGUAAUAAAUAAUAAACACAUAAGAUAAAUGGCACAAAAUCCAGAAAUAACUAAACUGCAGCAUAAAUCUGUUAAAAACAGCAUUCUUUAUGAGAAGCCUUCCUUGAUAGAUUGAAGAUUACUGACAGUAAAUUUUGUAGCAUAUAUAUUUUUAAGUGCCACAAAGGAUUUUGCCACUGCUUUAAUAUUUAACAUUUGUUGCAAAUAAAGACAGUUUGUUUACUGGUU